UUUGGAAAGGCAACGAGGUAGUCACCUCAAGGCACCAUCAACAAGGGCGGCUGCUGAGCCAGUUAGCUUGAACAGCUAGACUUUCAUACAACAAAAGUAGCAUUUAAUAUUUAAAUUGAAUGGCAGAAAUUCAAAGACUAACUUUAUUUAGAUAACACAUCUCAGAAAAGCCACGAAGCUGCCUCUUGCAGUAUUUCGACUCACUACUCCUGAUCUAAUCGAAAUGUCAGCUUUCUCUGAGGCGGCUUUAGAGAAGAAACUAUCCGAGCUUAGCAACUCUCAGCAAAGUGUGCAGACGUUGUCGUUGUGGCUCAUCCACCAUAGAAAACACUCGAAGACUAUUGUCAAUGUGUGGUUCAACGAACUGAAAAAAGCUCAGGGAUCACGCAAGCUGACCUUCCUUUACUUGGCCAAUGACGUCAUCCAGAACAGCAAGAGAAAAGGACCAGAGUUCACCCAGGACUUUGCACCGGUCAUUGUUGAUGCCUUCAAACAUGUUUACAGAGAGGGCGAGGAAGGCUGUAAGAAACAGCUAGGUCGGGUUUUAUCCAUCUGGCAAGAGAGAGCCGUCUAUGAGAACAACCUGCUGGACCAGCUCUCACAAGUCCUGUAUGGAGAAAAGAAAGCUAAGAAGAGGUCAUAUGAAGAGAUUCACCCUGAUGAUGAGGGCUUUGCCUCCCAGAGCUCACCAGCUGAGCCCCCGCAGACAUCAGAGUUAAUUCGAGCUCUGCAGGAGCUGGAGAAUGCAGCUUCUGGUGACUCGGUGCUGCGUCAGCGCAUCUCCUCCCUUCCUGUAGAAGUGCAGGACACGUCACUCCUUCACAAGAUCACAGAUAAAGAAUCGGGGGAGCGGCUCUCCCGGCUCGUGGAGGAGGCCUGCAUGCUGUUAGCAGACUACAGUGGACGCUUGGCGGCAGAGAUUGACGACAGGAGACAGCUCACUCGCACGCUAACUGUCUUCUUGCAAAGCCAGAAGGAUGGCUUGGCCCAGAAUGAGCAGAAACUUGAAGAAUACAAACGCAAGCUAGCAAGGGUCACGCAGGUCCGAAAGGAACUGCGAUCACGCCUGAACAAUCUCCAGGAAGGACUCUACAACAACUCCUCCAACUGACUGAAGUCUUUCCUGCUCAGCACAUCCUCCUGCUACUAAAACAUGGUUCAACUGUGAUGCUGGACCAAUGUCUGCCUCCAGUGAUUUCUGGUUUUUAUUUUGUUUCCAACAAAUUAUUUAUUUGCAUCUUUUGUGGAGAGAAGUGUCUUCAACUAUUAUCUGUGUAUGUAAGCUCACCUUUUGAUGUAAAACACUGUAAGUUCAAGAUUUAUAAUCCUCACAUCCUGAACUCUCAUGCUUGGGCUCCUGCCAUCUUAACUUGUACUGCUUUGAAGUAGUAUGGCUGGUGUGAUAUUUUUGUAUUUAUAGUGAUUUAAGAUAAUGCACCAGAGUAUUCAUCCCUUUAGAGAGUAAUCAUUUAUAAUGAUUUGCAGUAUUUAACAUUGUUUUUUGUAAGAUUUCUUUUACUGUUAUACGUUUGUUUAAUUCUUGAUUAGGGAUCACUGCUGCAAAGAAUGACGCAGGUAUUGAUUUUAUACAGUGUAACGAAGGGUAUACUUUGAGAUGAUGAAAAAGCUAAGCAGGAACUUCCACAAAAAAAACGUGAUAAUCUUACAAAAAAAAUCCCUUGGCCGGUGUACACAUACAAGUGUACAUGUAAAUAUUCUGGCAUUAUACCCACUUUUGUUUAUAAGUGUUUAUGAUUUGUAUCUUUGUCAAUAAGGGUGUAAAACCGUUUACUUAAGAAUGUGACACGCAAUAUACUGAAACAUUGAUUGAGGGUCUUGUUUACCUAAUUGCUUCACAAUUUUAACUUUCAUUAAUGCUGUGGAGAUGCCUCACAUGGCUUGAAAAGUGCCCCAAUUCCAAAGCCAGACUCCAGAAAAAAAAAAGUUCAUUGUUUUUGUAAAUAUGAAGCAGUGCUGAGCUUCUUAGAACCAAAUAAACAUCAAAACUCCA